UUAUUGCUUACUAAGCAAGACCAAGGCUGAGCAGAAGUCUGAUUUAUCCAUAUCCCCCCACUCACUAUUACAAUAUUUCAGUACAGCUUGGCAUGCUUAUCAUUUCCAUGAUCCCAAUUGUACAAAUCUACCCUCAACAACGUUGCGUCCAUCAUCAAAACACUCUUGUCCUGUCACUCCCUCACUCGCACGUUGUCUCCAUAUAUGAAUGAAUUCCGUCUCAUUCCACCACGACUCACUCAGUCACACACCAAACCAUGGCUUCCUCCAUUCUCUUCCGCAGAGAACUCACCAAAACCACCACCACGCUCCUUCACCGGCGCGUGUAUGCACGACCCUUCUCGGAGAAGAACGCACAACAGCGUAUAGACAAGAUUCUGAUAGCUAACAGAGGUGAAAUCGCUUGCAGGAUCGCCAGAACCGCCAAGAGGUUAGGGAUUCGCACCGUCGCCGUUUACAGCGACGCCGACAAGGACUCACUCCACGUCGCCUCCUCCGACGAGGCCUUUCGAAUCGGACCUCCUCCUCCUCGCCUGAGUUACCUCAAUGCAUCCUCCAUUGUUGAUGCUGCUCUGCGCUCCGGUGCCCAGGCUAUUCACCCUGGAUAUGGGUUCCUGUCUGAAAGUGCUGAUUUUGCUCAACUCUGUGAAGACAAGGGUCUCACUUUCAUAGGGCCUCCGGCAUCUGCCAUCAGAGAUAUGGGUGACAAGAGUGCAUCGAAGAGGAUAAUGGGGGCUGCAGGGGUGCCGCUCGUGCCUGGAUAUCAUGGCGAUGAACAAGAUAUUGAGAAGAUGAAGUUGGAAGCUGAUAAAAUUGGUUAUCCGGUCCUCAUAAAGCCAACUCAUGGAGGUGGAGGAAAGGGUAUGAGGAUUGUGCACUCUCCAGAUGAAUUUGCUGAAUCGUUCCUGGCAGCACAACGUGAGGCAGCAGCUUCUUUUGGCGUCAACACGAUUUUGCUGGAGAAGUAUAUUACCCGUCCAAGGCACAUAGAAGUCCAAAUAUUUGGAGACAAGAAUGGGAAUGUUCUGCAUUUGUAUGAGAGAGAUUGCAGUGUGCAGAGGAGGCACCAAAAAAUAAUUGAAGAAGCUCCAGCUCCAAGCAUUUCUACUGAGUUUCGUGCACACUUGGGUCAAGCUGCUGUUUCUGCAGCAAAGGCAGUUAACUAUUACAGUGCUGGGACUGUGGAGUUUAUAGUUGAUACGGUCUCUGACCAGUUUUACUUUAUGGAGAUGAAUACCCGUCUUCAGGUUGAGCAUCCUGUCACAGAGAUGAUUGUUGGUCAAGAUCUUGUUGAAUGGCAAAUCCAUGUUGCCAAUGGAGAAGCUCUUCCAUUGAGUCAAUCACAAGUACCCAUAUCAGGUCAUGCUUUUGAAGCUCGUAUCUAUGCGGAAAAUGUUCCUAAAGGUUUUCUUCCAGCAACUGGAGUUCUACACCAUUAUCAUGUUCCAGUCUCAUCUGGUGUUAGGGUGGAGACUGGAGUUAAAGAAGGAGACACUGUUAGCAUGCACUAUGAUCCAAUGAUAGCUAAGCUUGUGGUGUGGGGAGAAAAUCGUGCUGCUGCUUUGGUCAAACUGAAGGAUAGUUUGUCAAAGUUUCAGGUUGCAGGUCUACCAACCAAUGUCUACUUUCUUCUAAAGCUUGCUAAUCACUGGGCAUUUGAAAAUGGCAAUGUGGAGACUCAUUUUAUUGAUAAUUAUAGAGAAGACCUCUUUGUUGAUGCUAACAAUUCAGUGUCUGCCAAAGAAGCAUACGAUGCUGCUAGACUUAGUGCAUCCCUUGUGGCUGCAUGUCUCAUUGAGAAAGAGCAUUUCAUUUUUGCAAGAAGCGCCCCUGGUGGCAGCAGCUUAAAUCCUAUAUGGUAUGGUUCUCCACCGUUUAGAGUCCACCAUCAAGCUAAGCGCAGAGUGGAACUUGAGUGGGAUAAUGAAUAUGAUAGUGGUAGCUCAAAGACCUUGAAGCUUACCAUCACUUAUCAGCCUGAUGGGAGAUACCUGAUUGAGACAGAAGAAAAUGGAGCUUCAGUUUUAGAAGUUAAAGCAACAUACGUAAAAGAUCACCAUUUUAGAGUUGAAGCUGAUGGUGUAAUCAACGAUGUUAGUCUAGCUAUUUAUUCAAAGGACCAAGUAAGGCACAUUCAUAUUUGGCAAGGGUCCAAUCAUCAUUAUUUCAGAGAGAAACUAGGCCUCGAGUUGUCUGAGGAUGAAGAAUCCCAACAUAAACCAAAAUUCGAAACAUCAGCCCACCCUCAUGGGACUGUUGUGGCACCCAUGGCAGGCUUGGUGGUUAAGGUUCUCACAAAGAAUGAGGCAAGAGUAGAGGUGGGACAACCUGUGUUAGUAUUAGAAGCAAUGAAGAUGGAGCAUAUUGUAAAGGCACCAUCUUCUGGCUUUGUGCAUGGGCUUCAAGUUAAAGUGGGUGAACAGGUUUCUGAUGGUAGUGCUCUUUUCAAUGUAAAGGAUCAAUAAAAUCAUACAUGGAUUACUUGUACUCGCCAGUAGUUUGCUGAUGGGGACUUUUGGUUAAAUGUAUAGCAACCUGAGCUUCUCCUCGGGCUUUCAGAUGGUUACUCACGAAACAAUAUUUGUAACUGAAAUCGUCAAGGAUGAAAUGUACUUUACAAAAAUGCAACUUGAUCCUCCAGUCAGUGGAUCAUACAUUCAGAGAAGCAAACUCUACAACGGAUUACUUAGCAAAGAAAGGAUGUAAUAGGGUUGAUCCACUUUGGGUUGAUUUGGGUGCUUUGUAAGUACUUUAUGUAUGUGUAUCCUUAUUGAGAAGGGUGUUCUCAAGGCCUUCUUUUGAAUAAAAUUUGACUUUUGAAAAAAAAAAAACUUGAUCCUCCAGUCAUUAACAGAAAUUGCUUCAUAUUAUAAGGUUGAGUGAUAUUUUUCUAUCUUAAAUUA